CUCGAGGCUGUUUGGCUGGACUGCAUUUUUCUAAAGCACUGAAACCCAUACACACUACAACACUACUGCCUCUUCAGUCCAGUCUGUCUCUGUCUCUACAGCAGUACUGCAUGCCACACUCAUUCACUGUAAAAUACUCCUGCGAGCACUUGCUGUUCCUUCCCACUAUAAAGAAUGCAGGCUCGCUCCCAUCGAAUGAUGCGAGCACUUGCCGUCUUCUUUCUUUAUAUUAGGAGUAGAGCAUGCCACUCGCGAGCUAUAUCAUUUGCAUUGCAUUGGGUGGAUGGAUAUUUAGGGGCUGAGCGAGGCGACGCUGAAUCUGAUGCGCUCUCAUCCUCAGGUGCUGCUAGUGGUGGUGAUCAUAUGGACUCCAUGGAAUCAUGCGUGCCCCCUGGCUUCAGGUUCCACCCCACCGACGAGGAGCUCGUCGGCUACUACCUCAGGAAGAAGGUGGCCUCCCAGAAGAUUGACCUCGACGUCAUACGCGACAUCGAUCUCUACCGCAUCGAGCCCUGGGAUCUCCAAGAACAUUGCGGGAUCGGGUACGAGGAGCAGAACGAGUGGUACUUCUUCAGCUACAAGGACCGCAAGUACCCGACGGGGACAAGGACCAAUAGGGCCACCAUGGCCGGGUUCUGGAAGGCCACGGGGAGGGACAAGGCUGUCCACGACAAGAGCCGGCUCAUCGGCAUGAGGAAGACGCUCGUCUUCUACAAGGGCAGGGCGCCCAAUGGGCAGAAGACCGACUGGAUCAUGCACGAGUACCGGCUCGAGACCGACGAGAAUGCGCCGCCACAGGAAGAAGGCUGGGUGGUGUGCAGGGCGUUCAAGAAGAGGACAGCAUACCCGGCACGCAGCAUGGCGAUGGCAUGGGAGUCCAGCUACUCCUACCGCGAGGUCGGCGUCAUGGGCGCGGAGGCCGCAGAGGCGGCGGCGUUCGUGGAUCCCAACUCGGCUUACGCGCAGAUCAGGCGGCAGUCCAAGAGCGCGCGCUUCAAGCAGGAGGCCGAGCUCGACGGCGCCGCCGUGUUGCUGCAGUACUCCAGCCACCUGGUCGAGCUGCCGCAGCUCGAGAGCCCGUCGGCGCCGCUCGCGCCCAACCCAAGCCAAGCGUCGUCGGCCGAUGAGGUGGACGGCGCCGAAAGCGGCAGGCGGGGCAAGAAGGCGCGGGCCGACAAGGUAGCCACGGACUGGAGGGCGCUCGACAAGUUCGUCGCGUCGCAGCUCAGUCCCACGGAGUGCGGCGGCAGCUUGGAGGCGACGGCGCCGGCGGCCGCCAUGGCCAAUGUGGGCUUGGAGCACGGUGAGGAUGAUGACAUGGCGGCGUUGCUGUUCCUCAACAGCGACGGGAGGGAGGAGGCGGAGAGGUGGACGGGGCUGCUCGGCCCGGCCGGCGGGGACGGCGACUUUGGACUCUGCGUGUUCGAGAAAUGAGUGGCGGGCGGCGGCGCGCCGUGCGCGUGCGCGUGUGCACGCUGCGGCGCGGAUGCAUGCAUAUGGGGAUGGUGCAUGUGAUAUAUUAUAUGGUUAUAGCUGAAAGUUAUUGGUGCUCGUUUUCCUUUCUUUUCUUCUACUUCCAUUUUGUAUGUUUCUGAUCAACAAAUGUGAUUGUAAUGUUCAUCUGUCUCUGUGCAGAGUCAUAAGAUGCAUGGCAUUCCGGC